AUGGCCGCGUCCACCAUGUCCAUCUGCUCCAGCGCCUGCGCCGACUCCUGGCAGGUGGACAACUGCCCACAGAGCUGCUGUGAGCCCCCCUGCUGCGCCCCCAGCUGCUGCGCCCCGGCCCCCUGCCUGACCCUGGUCUGCACCCCAGGGAGCUGUGUGUCCAGCCCCUGCUGCCAGGCGGCCUGUGAGCCCAGCCCCUGCCAAUCAGGCUGCACCAGCUCCUGCACACCCUCGUGCUGCCAACAGUCUAGCUGCCAGCCAGCUUGCUGUGCCUCUUCCUCCUGCCAGCAGUCCUGCUGUGUGCCCAUCUGCUGCAGGCCUGCCUGCUGUGUGCCCGUCUGCUGCAAGCCUGUCUGCUGCAAGCCCGUCUGCUGUGUGCCUGUCUGCUCUGGGGCUUCCUCUCUGUGCUGCCAGCAGUCUGGCUGCCAGCCAGCUUGCUGCACCACCUCCUGCUGCAGACCCUCCUCUUCCAUGUCCCUCCUUUGCCGCCCCAUGUGCAGGCCCACCUGCUGCGUGCCUGUCUCCUCCUGCUGUGUCCCCGCCUCCUCCUGUCAACCCAGCUGCUGCCGCCCAGCCUCCUGCGUGUCCCUCCUCUGCCACCCCGUAUGCUCCUGCCCGGCCUCCUGCAGCUUCUCCUCAGGCCAGAAGUCCAGCUGCUGA